AUGCAAUUGAAAGCUCUUUAUUUGCCAAAUGUCUUACUUAUUCCUACUAUUGAUAUAGAGAUCGUUUGGCAAACACAUUUACUACGACCAGAAAUGUAUCGAGCUGAUUGUCUUCGUUUAUUUCGUCAUGUCAUCGAUCAUUCAUUGCUGACAACAGAAAUUCAACAGUUCUUCAAAGAGCAAGCAUUUCGAGAAACAUGUCAAUUUUAUGAAGAACGAUUCGGCGAAAAAUAUUGUGAAUUACCAUCAAAUAAAAGUGAUCAGAAGCCAACAUCAGACGACUUAUCUGAUGAAGACGAUUUAAUAAAUCAGUCACAAGACGUUUAUUCAUAUUGGGAUCGAACAUUUUUUGAAUUUUCAUCGAAUCCACCAAAACAAUAUGAAAAUCCCUUUUCAUUUUCUGAAGCCGAAAUUAUUCUUGAUGGUCGUUGGCUCGAUUUAUGUAAAACAUUUAUACAGGAUUCACGACAACAAGUUCCUGUUUGUGGCUACUAUGGGAGAUCACGCAACUAUAUUGAUCUUGAAACUGGGGCUAUGAAACGCUUAAAAAAGUCUUACGAACGAUUUUUAUAUAUGGCAGCGAAAUAUCCACUGAAAGAUAGCAAUGAUUUUGUACCACCAACAUAUGCGAUAGACAUCAUGUGGCAUGCACAUAUGCAAGAACCAUUGAAAUAUGCAGCGGAUUGUCUUCGACUUGUUGGUUAUAUUGUUGUUCAUGCUCCAUGGCCAAUCAUUGAGGACAAGAAAAUGAAGAAAGAAAAAGACAGAAAGGAUAGCAUUUGGAAAGAAGAAUUUCAAAGUGAAAUAUCAACGGAUCAUCUCUAUAAUACAAUUGAGGAAACAUAUGAUUGGUGA